AUGAGCUCCGAGAACAACGUGGACUACCCUAGAAAGAUACUGGACUACGUGGAGGGCUUCUUGGUAUCAAAGACCCUGUUUGCCUCCUGUGAGCUGGGUGUGUAUGACCUCCUGCUGGCGUCAGGGCAGCCCCUUUCCGCUGCCGAGGUGGCACGGGGGCUGGGAACCAGCGAGGAUGGGAUGGAGCGCCUCCUGUCUGCGUGCGUGGGACUGCAGCUUCUGACCGCCCAGGCUGGCGACGACAAGGUCCUCUAUAGCAACACAGAGAUGUCAAAGAUGUACCUCACAAAGUCCAGUCCACGGUCUUUGUUUCAUUCUAUACAGUACAACUCCAAGACCAUCUACUUAUGCUGGCACUACCUUACUGAUGCAGUCAGAGAGGGGAAAAACCAGUAUGAGAAAGCCUUUGGAGUGAGCUCCAAAGACCUCUUUGAAGCUCUGUACAGGUCUGAUGAAGAGAUGGUCAAGUUCAUGCAGCUCAUGAACUCCAUCUGGAAUAUCUGUGGCAAAGACGUGGUAACGGCCUUCGACCUCUCGCCCUUCAAGACCAUUUAUGACCUUGGAGGUUGCAGUGGAGCGCUGGCCAAACAGUGCACAUCUGCAUACCCAGAAUCCACGGUGACGAUCUUUGAUCUUCCGAAGGUGGUGUGCACAGCCAAGGAGCACUUUAUGUCAGCGGAUGAGGGGAGGGUUUUCUUCCACAAAGGGGACUUCUUCAAAGACUCUCUCCCUGAAGCGGACCUCUACAUUCUCGCCAGAAUCCUGCAUGACUGGACAGAUGCUCGGAGCCUGGAGCUGCUCACCAAGGUCCACAGGUCCUGCAAACCAGGUGGGGGCGUGCUGUUGGUGGAGGCUCUUCUGAAUGAGGACAACAGCGGCCCCCUGACAGCCCAGCUGUACUCCCUGAACAUGCUGGUGCAGACGGAGGGGAGGGAGAGAAAGGCGUCAGAGUACACUGCCCUCCUGACCACCGCUGGGUUCGCCAACAUCCAGGUCCAGAGGACAGGAAAGAUCUACGAUGCUAUCCUGGCUAGGAAGUAG